CCCAGGUCUCCUGCAUUGCAGGUGGAUUCUUUACCAGCUGAGCCACAAGGGAAGCCCAAGAAUACUGGAGUGGGUAGCCUAUCCCUUCUCCAGUGGAUCUUCCUGACCCAGGAAUCGAACUGGAGUCUCCUGCGUUACAGGACCUGCAUCAGCUCUGCUCAGCCAGGUUGGACUGCUGGGGCCACAGCCUCCUUCCCCUGCGACUGCCUUUUCCUGACGCCCUUAGCAGCCUGCAGUCCCAGUGGUCAGCAGAGACCUUGGCAGGACGAGAAGGAGGAGGCCUGUUGGACCAAUGCUGCGAGGGGUGUGAGGAUUAGAGCUGCCGUCCAUCAUUCCCCCACCAGAGCGAGAAAGGAGAAUGGAGCUGGAGUGAGGCGGAGGAACCACCAGCUGCUGACCGGCACGUGGGACGCUGGUGAUUCACGGGUCACUGAGGCUGGACGCCGUUCAUGGCUCUCGGGUAGAGCCCAGCGAAACGGCCAGAAUGAAUUCUAUGGACAGGCACAUCCAACAGACCAACGACCGGCUGCAGUGCAUCAAGCAGCACUUACAGAACCCCGCCAACUUCCACAAUGCUGCCACGGAGUUGCUGGACUGGUGUGGAGACCCGCGAGCCUUCCAGCGGCCCUUUGAGCAGAGCCUGAUGGGCUGUUUGACGGUGGUCAGUCGGGUGGCAGCUCAGCAAGGAUUCGACCUGGACCUCGGCUACCGACUGCUGGCUGUGUGUGCCGCGAACCGAGACAAGUUCACUCCGAAGUCUGCCGCCCUGCUGUCCUCCUGGUGCGAGGAGCUCGGCCGCCUGCUGCUGCUCCGACAUCAGAAGAGCCGACAGAGCGACCCCCCCGGGAAACUCCCCAUGCAGCCCCCCCUCAACUCCAUGAGCUCCAUGAAACCCACUCUGUCGCACAGUGAUGGGUCAUUCCCCUAUGACUCUGUCCCUUGGCAGCAGAACACCAACCAGCCUCCCGGCUCCCUCUCCGUGGUCACCACGGUUUGGGGAGUGACCAACACAUCCCAGAGCCAGGUCCUUGGGAACCCUAUGGCCAAUGCCAACAACCCCAUGAAUCCAGGCGGCAACCCCAUGGCGUCGGGCAUGACCACCAGCAACCCCGGCCUCAACUCCCCACAGUUUGCUGGGCAGCAGCAGCAGUUCUCAGCCAAGGCCGGCCCCACUCAGCCCUACAUCCAGCAGAGCAUGUACGGCCGGCCCAACUACCCCGGCAGCGCAGGCUUCGGGGCCAGUUACCCUGGGGGUCCGAAUGCCCCUGCAGGCAUGGGUGUCCCUCCACACACCAGGCCGCCUGCUGACUUCACUCAGCCAGCAGCUGCGGCUGCAGCAGCUGCAGUGGCGGCAGCAGCCGCCACGGCCACAGCCACAGCUACGGCCACCGUGGCAGCCUUGCAAGAAACACAGAAUAAGGAUAUAAACCAGUAUGGACCGGUCUGUUCCUCUUUCCAGAUGGGUCCCACCCAGGCGUAUAACAGCCAAUUCAUGAACCAGCCCGGGCCUCGGGGGCCUGCCUCCAUGGGGGGCAGCAUGAACCCCGCAAACAUGGCGGCUGGCAUGACACCCUCGGGGAUGAGCGGCCCUCCCAUGGGCAUGAACCAACCCCGGCCGCCCGGCAUCAGCCCCUUUGGCACACACGGGCAGCGGAUGCCCCAGCAGACGUACCCGGGCCCCCGGCCCCAGUCCCUUCCCAUUCAGAGCAUAAAGAGGCCAUACCCUGGAGAGCCUAACUAUGGAAACCAGCAAUACGGACCAAACAGCCAGUUCCCCACCCAGCCAGGCCAGUACCCUACCCCCAACCCCCCGCGGCCGCUCACGUCUCCCAACUACCCCGGGCAGCGGAUGCCCAGCCAGCCGAGCACUGGGCAGUACCCGCCCCCCACGGUCAACAUGGGGCAGUAUUAUAAGCCAGAGCAGUUUAAUGGACAAAAUAACACCUUCUCUGGAAGCAGCUACAGCAACUACAGCCAAGGGAACGUCAAUAGGCCUCCCAGGCCGGUUCCUGUGGCAAACUACCCCCACUCACCUGUUCCAGGGAACCCCACGCCCCCCAUGACCCCCGGAAGCAGCAUCCCCCCAUACCUGUCCCCCAGCCAAGACGUGAAGCCGCCCUUCCCGCCUGACAUCAAGCCAAAUAUGAGCGCUCUGCCGCCGCCCCCAGCCAACCACAAUGACGAGCUGCGGCUCACGUUCCCCGUGCGGGACGGCGUGGUGCUGGAGCCCUUCCGCCUGGAGCACAACCUGGCCGUCAGCAACCACGUCUUUCACCUGCGGCCCACGGUCCACCAGACGCUGAUGUGGAGGUCUGACCUGGAGCUGCAGUUCAAGUGCUACCACCACGAGGACCGGCAGAUGAACACCAACUGGCCGGCCUCGGUGCAGGUCAGCGUGAACGCCACGCCCCUCACCAUCGAGCGCGGGGACAACAAGACAUCCCACAAGCCGUUGCACCUCAAGCACGUGUGCCAGCCAGGCCGCAACACCAUCCAGAUCACCGUCACCGCCUGCUGCUGCUCCCACCUCUUUGUGCUGCAGCUGGUCCACCGGCCCUCUGUGCGCUCCGUGCUGCAAGGCCUCCUCAAGAAGCGACUCCUGCCCGCGGAGCACUGUAUCACAAAAAUCAAGCGGAAUUUCAGCAGUGUGGCGGCCUCAUCGGGCAACACGACCCUCAAUGGGGAGGAUGGCGUGGAGCAGACAGCCAUCAAGGUAUCUCUGAAGUGCCCCAUCACAUUCCGGCGUAUCCAGCUGCCUGCUCGAGGCCACGAUUGCAAGCAUGUCCAGUGCUUUGACUUAGAGUCAUACCUGCAGCUGAACUGCGAGAGAGGGACCUGGAGGUGUCCUGUGUGCAAUAAAACCGCUCUGCUGGAGGGCCUGGAGGUGGAUCAGUAUAUGUGGGGCAUCCUGAAUGCCAUCCAACACUCCGAGUUUGAAGAGGUCACCAUUGACCCCACAUGCAGCUGGCGGCCAGUGCCCAUCAAGUCGGACCUACACAUUAAAGAUGACCCUGAUGGCAUCCCCUCCAAGAGGUUCAAGACCAUGAGCCCCAGCCAGAUGAUCAUGCCCAAUGUCAUGGAGAUGAUUGCUGCCCUGGGCCCUGGCCCGUCCCCCUAUCCACUCCCGCCUCCGCCUGGGAGCGCCAACUCCAAUGACUACAGCAGCCAAGGAAACAACUAUCAAGGCCAUGGCAACUUUGACUUCCCCCACGGGAACCCCGGUGGGACGUCCAUGAAUGACUUCAUGCACGGGCCCCCCCAGCUCUCCCACCCCCCGGACAUGCCCAACAACAUGGCCACCCUCGAGAAGCCCCUCAGUCACCCCAUGCAGGAGACUAUGCCACACGCUGGCAGUUCUGACCAGCCCCAUCCCUCCAUACAACAAGGUUUGCACGUCCCACACCCCAGCAGCCAGUCAGGGCCUCCAUUACAUCACAGUGGGGCUCCUCCUCCUCCUUCCCAGCCUCCCCGGCAACCGCCACAGGCCGCUCCCGGCAACCAUCCACACAGCGACCUGACCUUUAAUCCCUCCUCAGCCUUAGAGGGUCAGGCCGGAGCGCAGGGAGCAUCUGACAUGCCGGAGCCUUCGCUGGAUCUCCUUCCAGAACUCACAAACCCCGACGAGCUCCUCUCAUACCUGGAUCCCCCCGACCUGCCGAGCAAUAGUAAUGAUGACCUCCUGUCUCUCUUUGAGAACAACUGAAGCCCACCCCUGCAUCGGGGCCACCCCUCCCCACUCAGCCUCCUUCCCCGUCUGCCCCCCACACUUCCCCGCUGGGAGCCCGAGCCCUCGGACCGCCCCUUCUGCAGCCUUCAGAGCCAAGGGGCAGGAAGGUGCACUGUGAAGGCAGUGCGGGUCUGGAGCCCACGCCCAGAGCAGGCCCUGAAGAUGACCCUCGAGACGGGGCAACAGCCCAGGGAGGGGGCACACGCUGAUGGCGGCUUCCAGACGACCCUCCAGUGCCCCCCAGAUUCUUCCAGUUUCCCAGCUUCCCUGCUUCCUGGCCCAGAGCCAUCUCCAGGUGACUGUGACCCUGAGAGAAAGCCCCCCAGACCCCGGCGGCCCCAAGCCUUGGAGGAGCAGCGGCAGCUGGCAGCAUUGAGAACAGCCUGCCCACCACCACCACCACCGCCCACCACAGAAAAGCACAAACCUCUGGGCAAGAGAACUCUCAGGGGCCAAGGCUAUCGCUUUGACCCCAGACCUCUUAAGCCAGGAUACCCUAUGAACAGUCUCAGAAAGCAGAGAAAAAAGACAAGAUUCUGUGUUUGGGAGAGGGAGAGCCACUCACCCUCUUGCUCGGGGACAGGUGGAAAAAGGGAGUCAGGGCCUCUCAAAGCCAGGAUGGCCCUAGAACCACUGACUCAGGCCAGGGCCCAGCCUUGGGGGGAUGGGGGUGCAGAGAAAGACCCCAGCUGAAAUUAUUGUGCCCUUAGUUGGAGCGAGGAGGGCCACCAGUCAAAGUUGGAGUCCAAUAGAAUCAGCAACUUACAGUUUUGCUCCAAGCCUCUCCUGGUUUUUAAACGACUGCAACAAAGCUACGAAGUUACUUGGAGAAGAGGAAUGUUGGACUUGGACAGCAAGCGAACCAUUUCUCCCCGUGUGUUCUGCUUCCUUCCUCUGCUCCCCUCCCCCACCCCUCUGAGACUGUAACGCCCACGUCCCUCUGCCCCAGUGCCCGUGUCCGCCCGGACGGCAGGGUGAGCGGUGGAAAGGCAGGGGAUGCAAGGGCUCAGCAGCAGGAACCCCGGGCAUCGCUCGCUCUCCGGCUCCUCUGUCUGUCUGAUCUGUGCUCCAGGCUGCCCCGGGCUCCAGCGCAGCCCAUCGCCGUGUGUGCAUCUGGUCUGUGCUCCAGGCUGCCCCGGGCUCCAGCGCAGCCCAUCACCGUGUGUGAGUCUGGUCUGGGCUCCAGGCUGCCCGGGCUCCAGCACAGCCCAUUGCCAUGUGUGCCAGAAUCAAGCAUCGCAUGGUGUUUCUGUGGCUGUCUCAGCCCCAGCUCUUGGCCGCCAGCCUCUCCCUCGCUUCGUGUCCUUCUGCUCUUGCAAGCUCACCCCACACUCCUGCUCCAGCAGAAGCAGCCUCUGGUUUACCCUCCGUGCUUUGCUCCAUCCUGCCAACCGCUCGCUCACUCUCAGAGUGCCCCGGGUAGCUUUCUGUGCGUCCGUUUUGUUCCAGGCUCCCCUGUGCUCCCCAAGCCACGUGGCCUGUGAUGCUGGGCGGUUGGGUCGCUAGGAUCUCCUCUGUAAAUUUGUCGUGCCCCUACCCUGCUGCUGCCCGGGACCUUCGCUCGCUCCCCUGUUCACUGUCUAUGUUUUCAGUCUCUGUCUCCCCCUCUGUUGGCCGGGGGACACCCAGCACUCCUCUGGAUCUGACCGGAACGCUGGCCCCAGCAGUUGACUUCCGGUCACGGAACCAGCCGGCCCGGCACAGAGUUUUCUGUAGGAAAGCUGCCAUAGUCCCUCCCCCACCCCUUUCCUUUGUCCCGUUGUUGAGGUUUUUUCAAACAGCGUGGUGUUCCGUAUGCAAAUCAAUUAUUUUAAGAAUUGCUUUUGUAAAUAUCUUUGUGAAUAUUUUAGUAUUGUCUUUGAUAAUAUUCAACAUUUUCAUGACCUGGUUAUAGCCUUUGCUGGUGUUUUUAAAAUACCUUGACUCAACGACAAAGACCGAGUCCCUUUUUUUAAAAAAAAAAAACAACAAACAAAAACAAAAAAGCAACCAGGGCCAUUUGUACAGAUGAAGGGACGAAAAGCAUGGGUGGCUGUACCGUGAGUUAGACGAAGACCAGGCUACCCGCUGUUGGGAGCCAUCCCCAGUUGGCUGGUGGGGACACAUGUGGCCGUCUCCGACCAGUGACCCUUAGCCCCAGCUGUGUCAGGCCAUCUGGGGAUGCCCCGCCCCAGACAGACCUAUAGAUGCCUUCCUUAGAAUUUCCCGCUUCCUGCCUUGCAAGACUGUCUCAAAAAGGCCUGGGUGUGUUCUUGUUGUUAUCAGGGUGUCCCCACUCUGCUCACCAACUUACCCACAGCUUUCUAGCACAGAGGGUCUAUCUACUGCCCACAACCCAGGCUCCGGGCACCUCCCUCAUCCGUCUCUGAGUAAGCCGUGGGCUCAGCACCCUGAGGUGGAUUUCCUGGGUCCCCUCUCAAGCAAGCCUCCACCAGCAAGUUCAGCAAAGAGCUUUCCAGACCUGUGGUGCCUGCAUCCUACACUCUGGGCACAUACUCUUCCAGAGCGAUUUUGGAGCCGGGUUGGUGGGGUGGGGGUAGGGGGGUGGGCAUCAAGGUGUCUGGGGCUGGAACAAGCCCUAGUUGGUGACACAGUCAGGUGACGACGGCUUCCCCAAGCAAGGGCGGUUCUGAACUCUGGGGAGAUGCUUCCCUGACCCUUUCAGAUGACUACUUGGAGCCAUACGUAACCUCAGCAAAAACGAUGCCUCAGCAAGCCACUUCUCCAUGACAAGCAUCCACCCAGGCCAUAGGCACACUGCUGCCUCCACUCCACGGAAUGGACAGGGCGCCAGCAGGCAGGCGGGAAGGCCCAAGUACAAGCAAUCACCCCAUCUUCUUGGUUUGAAGCUUUACCCAUGGAUCAUAUUCCUGUAGCCAUUUUUAUUUUUUAAGGAGCUAAUACUUUCUCCCUAAUGGAAGCCCUGAACCCCCAGAGAGCUCCAUGUCUGCUCCCUCGGCCUCACCCGACCAGACAGGGCGACGCGGGCAGCAGCCACUCAAGGGACAUGUGUACAUAUGUAAAUGCGAAAUAGAGACAUGUUAACAGAUCCAUUCAUUUCCCUCGGAAUGUGUAUUGUCUUUAUUUUACGGAACAAAACAAAAAGGCUUGGAACUCCAUCUUAAUGUGGAAAAAAACUAGAUCCUGUCUGUUAGCGUCUGUGAGGUCCCUCUCCGCAUCUGUCUCACCAUGUAAUAUACUCUGACUCUGUGUGGAAAGGAAUUUUUUGUUCCGUUCUUGUUUUUAUUUUACCUACAUGUACUAUUUAGCUUCAGUGUACUCGUCCUGCCACCUGUGUAUUUUUAGGGUGCUAUGGAAAUAAUGAAAAGAAACGGGGAUUUCAGAAGAAAAUUGUAACCAAAUUCAUACUUUGUAUAAUUUUUGAUAUCAUGAUCGCAGGUGAUUGACACAGACACGCGUGAACACACACCCACCGUGCAGCCUGAAGUAACCCCCACAGCCACCGUCAUUGUCUUUGUACAUCUCUGUACAAUGCAAUCAUUUCAUACUUUAAACUGGUCAGAAAACUAAUUGUGAUUUCUAGUCUUGCAAACCUGUAUGUAGUUAGAUGAUGUGACAGCCUCUAAUAUUUAUCUAAUAAAUAUGUAUUCAGAUGAAACCUGUAUAUUAGGUGUUCAUGUGGUUAUUUUGUAUUUAAAGAUCAAAUUAUUUGACUAUUGCUAGACAUUUCUAUGCUCUGUUGUCACGCUGAGGUAUCUCAUUUGCCCAUGUUAAUUUCUUUUUUCUAAAUAAAUGGACAAAAACGAA